AUGAGUGCAACAAAAAAACCAAAAAAACUAAGACUUGACGACAAAACUGAAAAUGUUUCUCAUCCUUGGCAAGCUUGGUGGCAUCCAGACAAAAAACGGAAGUUUUAUAAAAAUUUGGAAACGAAAGAGAGCAUUUGGGAUCAUCCAGAUACUCUGAAAAGAAAAGAAACUCCAUCAGCGUCUUGUAGACAAACCAGAAAACGAAAAGAUGAUGAGAAGAAGCCACAAGCUUCAAUAGAAGAUGACAGAAUGGAAGUUGACGUGGCUCCUCCUCCAAAACGAAAAGCUGUAGAAACAGAAGAAACAGAUGAAAUAACCUCAAAACGUCCGAGGAGACAUUCAAGUGUGGAAGUAAUUGAGAAGCGCGAUUCGAAUCGAGAGCAAGCUUCGAGUAGCUCGACAAAACCACAAGCGAACAGCAUCCUGCCACGCGUUCCAUGGGCUCAUAAAACUCGCCCAAUAACUAAAAUCCCAUAUCGUGCAUGUGCAAUAUUCGACACCUGUGCCCUUCUCGAAAACCCUUCUGUGCUUAAUGAUUCUGUUGAAAAACAAAUUCUCACUAUCAUUCCUUACGCGGUUCUUUCUGAACUGGAUGGACUCAAAAAUUCUGAAAGCAUACGAAGAGAGGCCAAUAUUGUUAGUAAUCGAAUCCGAGACUUUCAAGAGGAGAAAAACCAUUAUUUACGUGUUGAAACAAGCGUCGAACAACAAAUAAGAAUUGAUGAAUUUCGUCCAAACGAAUCCGUAAAAGAUGAUGCUAUACUGAAAACUGCACUGAGAAUCAAAAAAGAAAUUUUGUCAAUCGCCUCCGCCCUGAAACUCAAUGAUCGAGCUGUUCUUUUAGUCACUAAUGAUAGUGUUUUAUCUAAUAAAGCGCUGACACACGAUCUCACUGUUGAGAAUGUUAAUGAUUUCAUGGAUAUUAUUAACGGUCGUGUAAAGCAACAUAAACCUUCUGACAGAAGAAGUAAUAGUCGAAAGACUCCUCCGAGAAGCAUUCGUUAUGAUGAACCACAAAGGACUUCGCGGUCUAGUGAAAGGCAGAGACCGUCGGCUGCAGUUGAACGUGUCAAGAAACAGCGUGAGGUAACAGAUUGGAUUCAAGGAAUGUCAAAGAAGGCGAUUGAUCAGAACAUUCGUUCAGAGAAUAGAAAUGAAAAAGCUCCUAAUAAACCUCGCCCAUCAAUCCCAUUAGCCGAUGAAAUUGUACCAUCAACGCCAAAACCGAUCAAAACUGCUCGAUCAUACAAUCAUCACACAUAUCAGCCAAGUAAACCUGUGAAAUCAAUAGAACUUGAUAGAAGUCGCCCUCAAAUGCCAUUGAGUCUUUCCGAUGAUGAAGCUGUUACCGGUGACGAUAUGGAUUGCACCUAG